ACAAGCCAUUACUAGUUGGGUGUUGUGAGUUUGAAUUCAUUCACUUUCUUUUUCAAUUCGUGGAAGUUAUUAUUUUCAGGAGAUUAUUAUUAUUCGGUGAAUAAAAAAUGACUGACGAUAAGACGGAAUUCGACUGGGGAAAUGAAAAAUUACAACGUGCUCAGAAAACGGUAGAUGAAUCUUCUUAUGAUCUGGAAGCAUGGAGUAUCCUCAUCAGAGAAGCACAAAACAGAGCUAUCACAGAAGUAAGGCCAGUUUUUGAGAAGCUCGUCUCUGUAUUUCCUUCUGCUGGUCGUUAUUGGAAAAUUUAUAUAGAACAAGAGAUGAAAAUGCGCAACUUUGAGAAGGUGGAAAAGCUUUUCCAAAGGUGCCUCAUGAAAAUCUUAAAUAUUGAGUUGUGGAAACUUUACCUUUCUUAUGUCAAAGAAACAAAAGCCAGUCUCGCAACAUAUAAGGAAAAAAUGGCACAAGCAUAUGAUUUUGCACUGGACAAAAUUGGUAUGGAUAUACAUUCCUACAGUAUAUGGAAUGACUAUGUUACAUUUCUCAAAAGUGUUGAAGCUGUUGGUUCAUAUGCUGAAAAUCAGAAAAUUAGUGCAGUGAGGAAGGUAUAUCAACGAGGUGUUGUUAAUCCUAUGAUAAAUAUGGAACAAUUAUGGAAAGAUUAUAUGGCAUUUGAACAAAAUAUUAAUCCAAUAAUUGCAGAGAAAAUGGCUAUUGAGCGUUCCAGAGAUUACAUGAAUGCACGGAGAGUUGCCAAAGAAUUAGAAGCUGUAACAAGAGGAUUGAAUCGAAGUGCUCCUAGUGUACCACCGACUGGUCAUCCAGAGGAAGUUAAGCAGGUUGAAUUGUGGAAGAAAUAUAUUGCAUGGGAACGCAGUAAUCCUUUAAGAACAGAAGAUACUUCUCUAGUUGCUCGUAGAGUAAUGUUUGCUAUAGAACAGUGUUUAUUAUGUUUGGGUCAUCACCCUGCAGUGUGGCAUCAAGCUGCACAUUUUUUAGAACUUAGCUCGAAAAUAUUAACCGAAAAAGGAGAUGUAAAUGCUGCGAAAAAUUUAAGUGACGAAGCUGCAACAAUGUUUGAGAGAGCAACAAGUACAUUGUUGUCAAAAAAUAUGUUAUUAUAUUUUGCACACGCGGACUUUGAAGAGGGAAGAGUAAAGUAUGAAAAAGUACAUCAAAUAUAUCAAAAGUUCCUUGAUAUACCUGAUAUUGAUCCUACACUAGCAUAUGUACAAUAUAUGAAGUUUGCACGACGCGCAGAAGGUAUAAAAUCUGCUAGGACCGUUUUCAAAAGAGCUCGCGAAGAUCCAAGAUGUAAGCAUCAUGUAUACGUUGCUGCUGCUUUAAUGGAAUAUUACUGCACCAAGGACAAAAAUAUUGCUUUUCGAAUAUUCGAAUUAGGUUUAAAAAAAUUUGGAGAUAAUCCUGACUAUAUACUUUGUUACAUUGAUUAUCUAUCGCAUUUGAAUGAGGACAAUAACACAAGAGUUUUGUUUGAGAGAGUUUUAUCGUCCGGUAGUUUAGAGCCUGAAAAAUCGGUUGACAUAUGGAAUCGCUUUUUAGAAUUUGAAUCUAAUAUCGGAGAUCUGGCUAGUAUUGUUAAGGUUGAAAAACGACGUAGUGCUGUAUUAGAGAAGAUUAAAGAAUUUGAGGGGAAGGAAACAGCACAAUUAGUAGAUAGAUAUAAAUUUUUGGACCUAUAUCCAUGCACCCCAAUGGAAUUACGAUCUAUUGGAUAUAUGGAGGUAUCUAGUGUAGGAAGAAAUACAGCUGGUGCAUUACCGCGAAUUCCAGAUCCAGAAGAAGCUAUAGCAUCAUUGCCAAGACCUGAUAUAUCACAAAUGAUACCUUACAAACCAAAAGUAAAUCCAUUACCUGGAGAGCAUCCUGUACCUGGUGGUUCUUUUCCCCUGCCACCAGCUGCAGCACAACUUUGUACAAUGCUUCCACCACCCGGUUGUUUCAGGGGACCAUUUGUAGCUGUUGAUUUGCUUAUGGAUGUUUUCAAUCGAAUUCAAUUACCAGAGCAUGCUCCAUUGCCGAUAGCAGAUAAUGGAUGUGACACAAAGUUGUUCGACCUAGCAAAGUCCGUACAUUGGAUCGUUGAUGAAAGUAACGACGGGGUUAGUCUUGGAUCCAAACGUAGAAGAACACGCUUAGGAGGUGAUGAUAGCGAAGAAGAAGACUUACCACCACCUCCAGCAAAUGAUAUAUAUCGCCAAAGACAACAAAAACGGGUCAAAUGA